UCACGCCCCGCUACUCAUCAGAGGCCCCGCUAUAACACAGAGCUCACGGACGUCACAACAGCUUUGGGUUACACCGCAGGAAGGAUACUGCUGCCUACCCCUCCCAAACAGUGUUCACCAAGCGUGCCUGUACCGAUGCGAGGCAGGAUGCGGGCGGCGGCGACGUGCGUGGUGAUGCUGUUGCUGCUGGAGGGGCUGCUGGUGGGCAUUGCUGAAGGAUACUCUGUGGAGGGCGUCCUCCCUUACCCUGUUCCCCAGCAGACGUCGCAGGUGGUGAAGAAGGGCUCGGUGGAAGACUCAAAAGAAAGCCUUGAGGACAACAUUGACGAUGACCCAGAUUUCGUGCCCAACUAUGACAACGUGUAUUACGACGACGAUAGUGAAUACUCCGAAGAGAAAGAGACUGACAGAGAGGAGUACGAUAGUGGCUACUCCGAAGAGAACGAGAUUGACAGCCACGAGGAUGGAGGGUCGUUCAUCGCCAGUGAGGAGACAGAGGAAGGGAAGCUUUGGAUCUCCGACGAAGACCGUGACUGGACACCCUCAUCGAGCCAUGAGGACGACGGAUACGACGAUGACCAUAGCCAGGAAGAUGACAGCAUCGAAGGUAACGUCGACCGUCACUCAGAUGAGACUGUCCAGACAGACUCACGCCCCUUGCCUGAGGUCACCGUCCCUCAGCCCGGUGGGGUGAUAGCACAGUACGGCUACGGCAAAGGGGGAAACUUUGACGACGACGGGUCACACUCCCUCCCCGUGAAAAGCAAGCGGAACGUGAAGCAAGUGGUGAAAGAAUCUGCUCCUUACGGAAGUGAGCAAGACAAAAUUGAUUCUGGGCUCUGGGGCUCCAUCCAGGAUGGCAGCGGAGGAUAUCCAUGGGUGUCGACGGGGGUGGAGCCACUAUUUCCUGUUGGAGGCCUCCAGCCGCACGAGGUGGGGGCUGGGGUGGUGCCGGAGCUGGAAGGAGCCGUCGGGGACAAAGACAAGGAAUCAAGUGGAAGUUCUGUCGGCGGAUGGUUUAGAGAAGGAUGGAGGAGGUUCACUGGCGCUGUCGAGGACUUAGGUGACAAGGCUGAGGACACCUUCAGGAGCCUGGGAAAAGAGGUGGAGCACACGGCUGGCAGAGUUCACGAAACAGUAUCCUCAGCUGUCGACAAACUUCAUCAGAAAUACGAUGAGCUGCGGAAGAGGCUGCCGCAGAUUCUGGAACGCUUCAAGGCGCUCAUCCUCAAGUUCGGCGUUGUUAUUCAAGAGGGUGCCCGCUACUGCCUCAGGAGAUUCGAACACAGUGUGGACCAGGUCCGAGAGUCGCAUGUGAUUGUAAAGUUGGAACAGAAGCUGAAGGAAGGACACGCCGAAGUAGCCACGUUCUUCCAGAUUUUGGGAGAAAAAGUACAAGCAUGGCGGGAGAAACACGGCUCGGCGCACGUGGAUGCCGGUCUGCUGGACGGCUACACGGCGGGGAGUGGCCAGACCCAGCAGGAGGGCGGCGUGUACAGGCAGGACAUUGAGGAAAUGCCAGACUUCUUCCAGGACCCCCAAGUCAUAGUGCAACUCGACAAGCUGAAGGAGGAUGGCGUGCUGACUGACAGCGACAUCAUCAUACUCACCCAGGAGCACGUUACUCAAAACCAGCAGAACUAGCACCAGCCCCAACAGCAAAGUCAGAACACCGGCGAGUUCAUCCAGUUUCCCGAGUAAGACAGACAGAUGGGUCUGAUUGGUCUCCCUGUCAGGCUCGCGAGGCCGUUGACGGGAGGGUAAAAGUUUGAUUGGAUACUUCAUGGAGUGACUGACAUACGGACACUGAUUGCCAUCCUGGCUGCUGCGGCUGCUGCUGAGCGGCCCUCCCCGUCCAGUGAGGGCAGCGGGGUUACCAGCGCCUUCAGUGACUGUUUCUGUACAUUGAAGGAAAAAUAGCCAUCUUGCCAAGUAAUCAAAUGACUAGUACAAGCUGUCUGUACCAAAUAAAAUUCUUAACACUUUAUUGAACAACAGGGGGACUGGAUGUUGCUUGAUGCUUCCCCUAAUGAAAAAAACGACGAUUUUUUUUUCAGAUUUUGCACUUCUUUACUUGUCCAUUUCCCUAGCAUCAUAUUAAAUCAAUGAGCAUA